UUAUCAUCAUUUUCAAUAAAUUCUUCAAGUUUUGAUAAUCAACAAGAACAACCAUGAUCAAAUGGUUGAAAUUGAAGAUUUUCAUAAUGAUUACGUUCUUAUUAUUAUUCUUAUUGAUAAUAAAUGUUAAUGUAAAUUUUUGUUUACCAUCAAACAAUGUUCAACCAUUUUCGGGGGAAUCAAAUUUAUGGAAUUAUCUACAAAAAUUUAAAUAUUUUUCAUCGUCAUCACAAAAAACGACAAUAAUUUUGAUUGAAAAUCUACAUUCCUUACGUUCAACAUUGAUUAUUCGCAAACAUCUGUAUGAAAUGGAUUGUCCAUUUGAUCUUUAUUCGAAUAUUACCAUACAAGAACUGAGUUCAAAUUUAUCGUAUCGAAAAAAACCAGAAAAUCGUUAUCGAAAUGUUCUGGUGAUAUUUGAUAUAUCAUUUAUUCACAACAAAGAUGAUAAUUUGGAUAAUAAUGAAUUAUGGUUAAAAUUCACUUUUCUUAUGCAAUCAUUACAAAUAAUUUAUAUAAAAUGUUUAACUUGUAUGCCAUUUUUAUUCAUAAUUUUCACACAAUCACAUGGUCAUCAUGAAAAAUUUACAAACAUUUUGAAUCGAUUAUUGAUCCGAUUACUACCAUCAGCCGAUAAAAGAUUUCGAAUCACUACUGUUGUUGUAACCAAUUCGAAUGGAACGGAUAUCACCACCCCCACCACUGCAAUACAUUUGAGGCCAAUUUUUGAUGGUUGUAGAUUAUUCAAUGGUGUGUUCAUGCCACGAACCAGGCCUGAUUUUGAAAAAAUGAACAUCUCAUCAUCAUGGAAAUGUGAUCUUAAUCAAACAAUGUUGUCUGCUGCCAUCAAUAAUUUUACCCCACAUUGUAAUUUCGAUACAUUCAUAUUGGAAUCACAUUCGAUUGAUUAUAAAAUGAUGGAAUUAUUAUCGGAAAAAAUAAAUUUUCGUUAUACACUCAUCGAUUCUGAACAGAAUUGGGGCUAUCGUAUUGGUCCGAAUCGAUCAUGGAGUGGUUCGGUGGGUCAUCUACUUAAUGGUUCAGCUGAUCUAGCCAUGUGUGGUAUGUCGAUGAAUAUUGAUCGAUCAAGAGUUGUUGAUUUUACUCAUUUCACUGUAAUUGAUGAAUUGACAUUCAUAACGCCGUUUCCAAUGGAUGAACAACAAGAAUUUAUUUUUCUUCAACCACUCGAAAUAAAAGUUUGGUUUGCAAUUUUAGUUUCAUUCUUGAUCAUUUUGAUGUCACUUUAUUUUAUUUCAAAAUCACUGAUGAUUAAUGAUCAACGACCAUCAUCAUCGUCGAUGAUUGCAAUGAAUUUAUAUGCCAUAUUUUUAAGUAAAAGUAUAACAACAUUCACGAUUCCACGAUUAUUCAAGAUUCGAAUCCUUUAUCUAUCGUUUAUGUUAGCAAUGGUUGUCCUAACACCUACAUAUUGUGGUUCAUAUUAUUCAUUUUUAACCAUCGUACAAUAUCAGAAACCGAUUGAAACAAUCGAUCAAUUAAUUCAAAUUGCUCAAAGUGAUAGUCAUAAUAUAAUAACAUUACAAUUUAGCUCAUAUCUAGAAUUAUUUAUUGAUGCUGAUCCUGAUUCCGGUACGACGUACACAAUUGGUCAACAUAUGAAUCGAAGCCAUUCAACAAUGGCAACAAAUAUUGAACGAGGAAUUCAAAUUGUACAAAAUACUACUAAUGAUAAACGUUUCAUUUAUAUUGAUUCAAAAAUGUCAUUGGAAAUUUCAAGAAAAUUAUUUGCUGAAAUACCAUUAUAUAUUAGUGAAGAUUCAUUUGGAUCAAAUUUAAUUGCAUUCGCAUUUUCCAAACAAUCACCAUUAUUUCGUUCAUUUGAUUUUUACAUAAAAAUUGCAUAUGAAGCCGGAUUACAUGAACAUUGGUACAGGCAAAUGUUUCGCUAUUUUCCAGCUCAAAAUCAACAAGCCGAUGAUUUUAUUCUAUCUUAUGGUAGUGGUAAGAAUCGUGAAUUAUCAUUAAUCGCAGAUGGACUACAAUUUAAUGAUUUACAAUUAACAUUUGCGCUAUGGACGAUCGGAUUAUUUGGUUCAUCAAUGAGUAUGAUUGGCGAAUUCUUAUAUCGGAAAUGGUUUAUUUAUAUUAUCUUUCCAAUGACCGAUAUCGGAAAUUUGUAAUGCCAUUAUGAAGAAAAUUAAUGAAAAAAAAGAAACUACUUAUGUACAUUGUAGCGUAUUCAUAUAUCUUUCCUGUUGGCAAUCAGAUUAGAAUUUUCAUGAGAAAGUUGACACAUGAAUCAUUAUUAUUUUUUGUAUUUUGUACUGAAUUUCUUUACUAUAAUUAUAAUUAUAUGUCUGUUGAGAUUU